AACUAAUCGAAGAUUAUUCAUAUCGUAAUUAAUUACGAACCAUCUAUUGACUAUUGAGGUAAUAAAAUGUAGUAUAAUUUAUUUUUUGGACAUUCAAAAUAGUAUAAUGACUGCUUUUGUAAUUUUAUUAGAUCGGGGGCUUCUCUUUUUUUUCUUUUCUUUCUGGCGCUCUCUUCCUUCUCGGACAGUCUUCUUCACUCGGUCGCUCUUCUUCUUUGGUUCUACUUCUUCCACCCCUCUCUGGCUGCAAUUUCUCAGAACUUCAAAUUCUUCCAUCUUUGAGUUGAUUUCGAAUCCAUCCAAUUUUCUUCCGACCCAAUUCCCGGCGAGUGCUUAGGCUUUCCUUUCCCUUUUCCCUCAUUUGCGUCGUCUUAUGAUCGUCUACUUUACACCGAUUCCACCGUCAGUGUUGCGGCGUAAAAAUGUGAAUGGAAAGAGUGAAAAGUGACGGAAUCAGAACCGGCUGUUUCCUCAAAGCCCUAAUUCCUCCCUUGGUCGUGUAAAGCACAUAGCUGGGUUAGAAGAAUUUGUGAAGUUGCCGAGUUUUCUGACAUGUCUGACCCGCCUGUCGACGGUGACAGCCUCGUAUGGUUAUGGCUGAUUGAGUACCUAGCAAGCUUCCCAGAGACACACUCUUUAGUUCUCCUUCAAUUGAUAGAGCAAGCGUCAGCUUUCCCCACUGAUUUCGCCAAAAGCGCGAGGGAAAAGGUUGCUCUAAGGCGCUUUGAGGCUUUGUAUGCUAUGACAAAUGGGGUUCCAUCUUCUUCAGAGCCCAAGGUGACAAUCGAUCAGUCAAACAGCUGUGAAGAUAUGAUCCGAACAAUAUUGCAGGAGCUUCCGUUGUCAGAUAUGAGAAAGGGUGGGGCAGAGCUGUUGAAAUGGGAUAUUCAGCCUUUCAUUAUGCACAAGAAUGCUUCCAUGCCUAAAUGUGCUUUAGAGCAGAUAAAAGAGAUGAUUGUAGAAGGUUCCGACUCAUUUUCUGCUUUAUUGGCUAAAUGUAGUGGAUUGCCUAGGAAUUGUAAUGUCCAGGAGGAAAAUGGGCAUCCAUCCGAAGAAGGUACACAAAGAGAUACUGGUAGAUGUGGUCACAAGAGAGUUAAUGAUGACUCAAAGAAGAGCAAUUUUCUGAGCUCGCAAGGUCUGCUGAGUAAGGAGUUUAUGGCUGCAGCUGAUUUUUCAGACUACAAGAAAGCUAAGGAAAGGGCAUCUGUGACGUGGAAGCAACUAAGUGCAUUUCUUCAUGAAGUUCCAGAGAAUUUAUCAAUUGAAAAUUCUAAGAGAUCAUCUGAAGAUGGGACGAGGAACCUGCGGAAGAGAAAAGGCAAUCAAACGAAUAAUGGAAAAGAUGUCAAUGAAGGCAAUGAUAACCAAUUUCAGAAUGGAAAAGGUAGUGUACAAGUCGAGGCUGUGCCUGCCCAUUGUGUCAGCAAUCACCCUACUAGUGAACAGGAUCCAGGGGCUGUUCUUUCUGUUUCAAGAAGUACUUCAGAGAGUGAAAUCAACGGAAGAACUCAAUCGUGCCCAUCAGUAAGAGUACCGGAAAGACACCAGGACCUUGAUCUUCUUGGGCCCCCAUGCUUAGGUAAUAAUCCAUCGCGUGAAAAGAAAGAUGUAGUCUCGGGAGAACCGGGGCUAGCUAAAAGAGUGACUAAGAAGGACGUUCCAGAAAAGAUACUAGAGCACAAACCUGUGAUGCCUAUUCGUGCUGUCCCAAUGGGUGGAAGAGCUUCUACCAAUGAAAAUGAUAAAGCUAUGAGCCCUAACCACUCUUUGAUUUUGAAAAAGAGAAAAAGGAAGGAUCAAAUUUCUUCACCGAGGCGACGGAAAGUUCAAUGGACAGAAGCAGAAGAAACGAAGCUCAAGGAAGGGGUAGAGAAAUUCUCCAACAAUGGAAAUCUUUCAUGGAAGUCCAUAUUGGAGUACGGGAGGGCUGUUUUUGGUGAUACUCGCAAUCCCGAGGACCUUAGGAGUAAAUGGAAGAAGAUGUGUAAAAGAUAGUAAGAGUUAUCACUUAUCAGCCAGCCUGGUAAGUUUCAACUCAGUUUUUCCUCAUUUUUUCUUCUUCUUCUUUUCAUUCUUCUGCAUAUAUGCUUAUUUAUUGAUGCUUUCUGAUAGUUGGUAAUUCCCCGUGGUAGAUCUCAUCUUGAUGUAGAGAAUCUGAGCCCGGAAGCAGGUGUGUUGCUCUUUAUUUGAUGAAGGAUUAGCUUUUUCCCUCGUGUUCGUUUCUGGUUGCUUGUCUUCUUUUUCUGCAUGCAACAUGGUGUAAAUUCUUUCAUCCUAAACUCCAUUGCAGGUUGGACAACGACAUGUUUGUGGUUUCUGCAGCUGGCAAUACUUUUGUGGAGCUAUGAGGUCGUCAUAUUUCCUUCUCGAACCAAUAGUAUGUACAAAAUUUGCAGGGUUUUCUUUUGUGAUCGAUCUUCGUUGCUUAGUCAAUAGAGAUGGAGAUGCCACAGAGAAUUUUGAUCGAAGUUCUCGCUUCAGAUGAUGGUCUGAUGGCUUUUUGACCAAUCAUUUGGAAGCAGUAAUUAGAAUGUUGUCAUUAGACUCAUGAUACGUUUUGAAGUCUUCUUUGUAUGUAUAGUUUGCUAACUGCAACAGAGACAUGUAUAUGGUGUAACUCUGAAUGCACGAAUACCAGCAUAUGUAUUUAUUGAACUGAGAUAAUUGUGUUGAAUAGUAAGCAUUGGUGCAUAAUUGUCAUCCAGCCUAGCUUGUUCUAACUUCUACGGCUGUUGUAUCUUGACUCCAGUCUGUCCACCGACGGCCGGGAUUGUGGAUAAAUGAAUGAAUUUGGAGAAAUAGAGUCACAGAGAUAGGGCGGCAAACGAGCCGAGUCGAGUUUUUGCUUAGCUUGAGCUUGGCUCGUUUAUUAAUUUUUUUAGCUCGAGCUCGGCUCGAGCUCGAAUUUUGAUAAUCUAGUUCGAGCUUGUGCUCGACUCAAUAGAGCUCGAUAAAUGCUCAUUAACAUA